AUGGAAGAACAAAAUAAAUUUUCAACGAAACAUAAUUCAACAUCAAUCGAUGGAAAACAAAUCAUUUGGACAUUGAGUAAUCAUUUGAAUGCACAUAUGAAAACUGAACCAUUGAAAAGACGAGAACAAUUGAAAGAACUUCCUCGUUUGAAAAAACAGCAACAACAAAUAAAUGAAUAUAUAUCCGAUGAAUCAAACUGUUUAUCUAAUAUUGAUGUAAAUAAAAGUAAAAAUGAUCAACUUCUUUUUAUUCCACCGAUGGAAUAUAAUUCUAUCGAACGACGAGAAAAAAAGCAAGUCGGAAUAGUAAAACCUUUAUUAACAGUUGAAAAACAAACAAAUCAAUGGAAUUGUUCAGAAUUAGAAAAACUUCAAAGACGUUUUUCAGAGUUAAUUGAUGGAAAAUCAAACGAAGAUAAAACAUUGCCAAUCAAUGAAAGUUUACUUAUUGAACGUAUUGAAUCUCUUUAUUCUUCCAUGGGUUCAUUACUAUAUGUAUCACCUUGUUUAAUUCGUUUAUUCAUUUUAACUGAUCUUCAAGCUUGUUCAUUAGAACAAUGGAAAUUAAUUCAUCGUGGUUAUCCAAUAUGGUUAUAUAACACGGGUUUAAAUCCUCGCCGUUCAUCUGAACUUCGUUUAAUGAUUGUUGAUGAAAAAACUGGUUUUAUUCUUUGGUCUGAUCGUAUAACAUCAAUAUCAAAUAUAAUUCAACCAACAACGCUAACACUUUCUUUUCGUCAUUCAUUGAAUAAUUCAUCAAUUAUGCUACGUUUUGAGUCAAAUGACGACAAUCUGUUUACAAAGUUUUAUUCAUAUUUAAAACAAAAUCGAUUUCUCACAGAAAAUUUAUCAAAUCAUAAAAUUUUAAAACGUUUUAUUAAAAAAAGUGAUAUAUCUCCUCCAUGUCAUUUUAAACAUUUUAAUCAUAUUGAAGAAAAUAUUACAGAUGUUCAUCAUUUAUAUUAUUAG